UAAAUUUCUUAUUCUUGACCAAAAAAAAUUUCUUAGUUUUGACAUUGUGACACGGACAGCUCACAGCUGGACUUUUUUGUUAUCGUAAUGAAUUUUUUGCGUUUAUGUUCAUGAUCAUUAAAUAAUAUUUUAUAAUAAUAAUCGGAGUUAGUAGCAGUAGCCAUGAAUAAAAUUGACUUUGCUGUUAUAUUAUUAUUCUAUUGUGUGAAUAAAGCACAUCUACAAGAACUCGAAAAUAAUCAUGACUGGGAUGUGUUAAUUUUUACUCAACAAUGGCCUGAAACUGUUUGCAAGGAAUGGGUUCACCACAACCCAUCUCAUACUUGUAAAAUGCCCAAAAAAGAUGAUUCAUGGUCAAUUCAUGGCAUUUGGCCCACAAAACUAGGUACCUUAGGACCAUCCUUCUGCAACAGAACUUGGUUCUUCGAUCCAGAGGAGAUCAGGCCUAUUGAAACAGAUUUGAUCAAUGUCUGGACUAAUAUUGAAGAAGGUACUGAAAUCUACUCAUUUUGGGCUCACGAAUGGACCAAGCAUGGAACAUGUGCCGCUGUUUUAGAACCCCUGAGCUCACAAUUUAAAUACUUCUCCAAGGGUUUAAAUUUCUUCCAGCAAUAUGACAUGUCUGUUGUUCUAGCACAAGCUGGAAUAGUGCCUGACAAUGAUAAAGAAUAUAAACUUAUUGACAUUUACAAUGCUGUUAAAAAUAAAUUGAAAGUCAAUCCGUCCAUACAGUGUAGAAUAGAAGAUGGUAGGACAUUUUUAGUAGAAAUACGAAUAUGUUUCGAUAAAAAAUUGAAUUUAACCUCCUGUGAUGGUAUUAAACAUAGGAAAUUAAAUAGACAAGUGCCUAUUAUAACCAACUGUGACAGUACUAGUGGUAUAUUGUAUCCUCAUAAUGAGAAACCCCCAAACAAACUUUAUGUAGAACUUUAUAAACUUGUAACAUGGUUACAAUGGUUCACUUUGUAAUCAAUUUAAAGUACUUUAAUUAAAACCGGCGGCGGUAUUAAAUUUUGAAUGCUGGCGCGAAAAUUCGCUUUCGGAUUCGUGGAAACAUUAAUAUGACUUUGCAUAAGCAUUGGGAUUUUUUUGCAAACUUGGUUUGACUCAAU